AUGGCGGCGCUCGGUACGGCACGGUGCUUAUUACGGACCUACUCUCGGGUGAAAAAUGUGCAAAAGAGCAGGCAAAUGUUGGCGCGAUGCGGCGUCAGGGCGCUUUGUAGCGGGACACAAGACAAAGCUCUCUCAGACAAUGCAAAACCCCAGUUCACAGAUCCAGCUGUGCAGGACGUCCUCACCGGGAUCACCGGCCUGGACCUGCAGAAAGUGUUCCGACCCAUUAAAGAGGAGCUGAACCCGCCCACAUAUAAACUCAUGACUGACGAGCAACUGGAGCAGGCGGUCGAGUUAGCCACAGAGCAGGCGAAGAAGUUGCUGCAGAUGCCCCCCGUCCUGCCGGAGAGGAAGCCCAUCAACGAUGUGCUGUCGGAGGACAAGAUCCUGGAUGACAUGGACACAGCCAAAUACGUCUUCACAGACAUCACCUACAACAUCCCACACAGGGAGAGGUUCAUUGUCGUACGGGAACCCAACGGGGCCCUUAGGAAGGCAACGUGGGAGGAGAGAGACCGGCUCAUUCAGGUCUACUUCCCCAAGGAUGGACGCAAACUCACAGCGCCGCUCAUCUUCAAGGAGGAGAACAUCAAGAUGGUGUUUUCCCAGGACCGCCACGAGGACGUGUUGGACCUGUGUCUGGUCCAAUUUGAACCAGACUCCUCAGACUACAUCAGGGUACAUGCGGCCACCUAUGAGGACCUGGACAAGCACGGCAAAUAUGAGCUGCUGCGCUCCACCAGACACUUUGGAGGCCUGGCCUGGCACCUGCUCAGCGCUCGCAGGGUGGACGGGCUCAUAGUGGACAUGCUGAAGAGAGAGCUCCUCCAGGAUGCAGUGAGCCUUGUGUCUCUGUUCCACGCGGUCCACCCCCACAGCGAGUCGGCCCAGGAAGCCGCCGGCCAGCAGGCCGCCGGCGCCGACCUGCUGAAGAUCUAUGCCCAGAAGGAGUCCCAGCGGUCGGGCUACAUCGAGCUGGCCCUGCAGGCGUACAAGCAGCUGGCUGCUAAGAGCUCUGCUGAAUGACCGACCCACUGCUAAAUAGGAAUAUACACGUUUAUCCACAAUGAGGAAUGGUUCACAUCGCCACAGGAAUGGACAGAAUAUUGCCUCCCACUAAUACAUGUGCUCCUUGACUGAGCUAUUCACUUCUCAUCCAUGAUGCAAGAAGUUAGUCAUUUCUCCAUAGAGGGGAAACAAACCUCGUAUCGUCUCUACGUGUGUUUCAUUUGGAGCUCCGAGUCAAAUGAUGUACAUACCAAAAUAAAGAUCUUUGUACUUGUAA